CCUCCUCCGCCCCCGCCUCCUCCCCCAGAGCCACAGUCGCACUACCGGAGGACUGCCUGCCUGCCCGCGCCGCAGACUCUCUCCCUGAGCCCAACGCGUCUGAACGCUUUUCUCUACUUCAUCUGACCUUAAAGCCUUCAGGAAAUCACACACACACAUAUGCACACGCACACACAAAUGAUGCACUCGGCACAGAAAGACACCACUUUCACCAAGAUCUUUGUGGGAGGUCUUCCUUAUCACACCACGGACUCAAGCCUCAGGAAAUAUUUCGAAGUGUUUGGGGACAUCGAGGAGGCUGUGGUCAUCACUGACCGGCAGACGGGCAAAUCCAGAGGUUAUGGUUUCGUGACCAUGGCAGACCGGGCCUCCGCUGACCGAGCCUGUAAGGACCCCAACCCCAUUAUAGAUGGAAGGAAAGCCAAUGUGAACCUGGCCUACCUGGGGGCCAAGCCGAGGGUCAUACAGCCAGGGUUUGCAUUUGGUGUGCCCCAGAUCCAUCCGGCAUUCAUCCAAAGACCUUACGGGAUCCCUGCCCACUACGUCUACCCUCAGGCUUUUGUCCAACCCAGCGUGGUGAUCCCUCAUGUACAGCCUUCUGCUGCUACGGCAACAGCUGCUGCUGCCACCUCCCCAUACCUUGACUAUACCGGAGCAACGUACGCUCAGUACUCUGCGGCUGCCGCCACUGCUGCCGCCGCUGCCGCUGCCUAUGAGCAGUACCCGUACGCGGCCUCACCAGCACCAACAAGCUACAUGACUACAGCAGGGUAUGGAUACGCUGUCCAGCAGCCGCUCGCCACUGCUGCCACCCCAGGAGCUGCCGCUGCUGCUGCAGCCUUCAGCCAGUACCAACCUCAGCAGCUCCAGACGGAUCGCAUGCAGUAAAAGCACGAAAACUACCUUAAAGGUGGAAAGCAGGGGAUGUCACCUCCUCCCAUGAAGAGGGCAAAGUUAGGAAGGGGAAGACAGUAGGAAGCUGAAUGAUGGUUCUCACUCCCAGGUUUUAUCUUAGCAGUCUUUCUACCAAAGAGCCUGAAGAAAAUCACCAAAAACGUGGAGACAAAUGAGCAAUUACUGCAUAUUUUAUUAAAGUGAGAUCGGUAUUCUGUUACUAUUGAAUAUAUAUGAAUAUUUAUUAUUUAUUCAGUAGUAAAAUAUUUAAUGUUAAUUGAAGUACACUCACUGGACCUCACAUCAAACAUUGCUGAAUUUUGUGUAUAUAUAUUUCAGUGGAAUUUGUAUAAAACUCCCAAUUGCAUUUAUGUCUUAUAUUCAGGUUUCUUCCCCACUACUUUGAAAACAAACCAAAACACUUGCAUACAUAUGAGAACAGUAUGUUACAUCAUCAUGCAGUUUUCAGUAUUUCAUAGUUUUGGACCAGUAUUUCGUUUGGUAAAGCUAUGCAGAUGUUGAUAGAGAAGUUUUGUUAGGACUGUUCUCUGUUUUUUAAUAACUGUUUGGAGUGCGAUAGAUUAGACAUCCUCAAUUAGUUCCUUUUUAAAAUGUAUUUUCUUGAUAGUAAAUAAGACAGAAUGCUAAAGUGACAGCUGAAGCUGGUAAAAGCACUCACUUUUCUUCCCUUUAAUUUGCACCUCAAGUAAACUCAGCAGAAGGGAAGAAACAUUGUUGAAUGUGAAUCUUUCAUUUUGAAAAAAAUGUUUCAUAAUGUGCCUUUUAAAUUAUGCUAUUUAUGUAUUUAUUAUGGAGCCGUACAGUAAAAAACCCUUUAUUUGGGUUCAUGUAUUAGUAUGAAGCCUACUGUAGAACAUGUCCACAUGUGCUGCUGCGUUUCUCGUGAUCAAGAGCAUAUGUUGUAUAAGAAUGUUUAAACUGGGCUUAACGAAGCGCUAUACUAUGUAUAAAGAACAAAUUAUGAGUGGAAAGGUAGCAAUAACUUCACUUUUUCCGUGUUCUGUAGAUUUAAUGUUUUCUAAAGUAUAUCCUUAUCUCUUUAAUGUCACUUUUUAUACUUGACAAGCUUGAUAAAGGACAGCGUGACAACUGUUAACUUUUUAAAUUUUUUACAUUUGAUGUCUUUUGGCAUGAAAUGUUUUUCUAAUGCAAGGGCAUCAACCAUUUCACCUUGCCCUGUGCAAUGCUUGACUCAAAAUAAUGCAAACAUUUAAUUUGUGAAAUAAAAGGAAAUUUACUUUCAA